AUGCUCCUUUCAGCAACUUGUGUCUUACUUGCAGCCUCAGUAACAGCAAGUCCUCUAUCAAAAUCAAAGGCUGGAUUUGAUUGGUCCUCAACGAAAGCUUUACUUGCAUUUGGAGACUCCUACACCUAUGUCCAGGGAACCCAAGGGCAUCAAAACUUCAGUUUUAUCGGAGACCAAUUCAACCUUGCCUUCUCUCGUGAGACUUUGUUCAACAAUAAGAUAGUUCAGAACCAGACUGCAACCGCAGAAGGCGGUCCAAACUGGGUUGAAUAUCUUACAAAAUGCGGGAUCAAAGAGGGCCUGACCUCACCCCAAAGCUGUAAGAAGCAGCUUUGGGAUUUCGCAUUUGCAGGAGCCGACAUUUCAACUGAAUUCACACCCCUCCACCACAACUUUACCGUUUCCUUGGUAGAUCAAGUUAACCAAUUCAAGCAAUACGGCCAUCCAGCUCUGAAACACACGAUCAAAACGCAAUCAACACUCGUCGCAAUCUGGAUUGGGAUCAAUGACAUAAAUGACAGUGCUAAAUACGCUGUCGACUUCCCAACUUUCUACAAGAACAUUACAGAUGCGCUUUUUAGCUCUGUUGAAGAUCUUUACGAUCUAGGUUACAAACAGUAUCUCUUCAUGAAUCUUCCCCCUUUGGAUCGCACACCAGGGAACCAAGCGAAGAUCUCACCCAGUCCGAACGCCACGCAAGUCGGAUGGUAUAACGGAGCAUUGGCAGAGCAUGCUACUGCGUUCAGUGAGAAGCACAAAGACGCCAAGGUGAUGGUCUUUGAUGCCCAUACCAGACUUGGAGCUAUGCUAGAUGAGCCUGGCAAGUAUGGCAUUGUGAAUACGACGAACUUUUGUGCCGGGUAUGACCAGCCGGAUAUCGCGGUGAACUAUGAGAACUAUGGAUGUCCUACGCCGCUGGACGAAUAUUUCUGGUUUAAUUCGGGACACAUGACGAGCCAUGUGCAUAAGAUUCUGGCGAGACAGGUAGAGAGAUGGUUGCAGGAGUAG